AUGGAACGAGAGGUUUGGGGAGCUUUCAAGAGCGUCGAGAAUGUAGUGAAGAGAACAAAGAACAUCCAACUCCGUGCCCACCUUUUCGAUUCAACGGUACUUCCUGCCCUAACGUAUGCGUUAGAAACCUGGUCGCAGGAUGAAAAACAACUCGGCGUUAUUGAAGGCGCUGCCGAAAGGACGAUGCUAGGAGUGUCGCAUGUUACACAAGCAAGGGAGGGGAUCCGAAGCUCUGACCUGCGUCAACGAUCAAAAAUCAAAGAUACCGUUCUGUAUGCCAAACAGUCCAAGGCAAAAUGGGUCGAUUAA